CGGAUAAAGCCGCCGGUCCGGCGCCCCCGCCCGGCAUUGGGCGCACGGCUCGGCCGCGGCGUUGGCUGUUCCCUUCGGAGCCGGGCCGGUCCUGGUCCCCGGCCAUGAGCGCCGCCGCGCAGUCCCCGCCGCCACCGCCGCAGAUGGAGGGUAGCGCAGAGCCGCUGCCCCCGGGCUGGGAGAUCAAGAUCGACCCGCAGACGGGCUGGCCCUUCUUCGUGGAUCACAACAGCCGCACCACCACAUGGAACGACCCGCGCCAGCGGGCGCCGGCGCAGGAAAGCCAGUCAUCAGCAAAUGGUCCAUCUCGUGAUAGCCCCAAGCAGCCACCAGCAAGAGAAGUAAACAUAGGAUAUCCCAAGCUCCGGGCCGGCUAUAUCCCUAUUCCUGUUAUCCAUGAAGGCAUCGACGGCAGACAGCAGCACCCGUGCUUCUCUGCUCCGCAGCCCGGUGUGCAGCGGUACAAGACAGAAGCUGUCCCUACCACGGUGCAGGCACAGCCACCUCUGAGGGGAGCCUAUGCUGGCCCCGAGUCCCCUCCAAGGGGACCGGUGGAGGCUUCUCAAGCGGAUAAACAAUGUGGACAGACACCGGCAGCUGCAGCAGCCCCAGCGCCGGCCGCGCACGGACCCGAGCCUCAAUGUCCUGGAGCUCCUGAUUCUGCAACCUCUUCCCCUCAGUCCUCUGGCAGACCCAACGCAGGGAGCCAUCAGCUUCCUCGCGGUUAUAUUCCAAUUCCUGUGAUCCAUGAAAACAUCCAGCGGCAACCAGCGCAGGUGUACCACCAGGCACAGAAGACACACUACCCUGCCCAGCAGAGCGAAUUCCAAGCCCACCAACCAGUGUUCCACAAAAUCCAACCAGAUGAGAGGGAGCCGAAGACAACGCGAGCGCAGUCUCCAUUCAGGAUGGCCCAGAGAGGCUCAUCGAGCCGUGACAGUUCACCGGCCAGAGUUACCACCCAGAUACAGCCCCCGGCACCCAUCAGAGUGCAAACAGUUGUAGACAGACCCCAGGUUUCUCAGCAACAACAAAUCCCACCUCAAGAGCCACCAAGACCAUCCCCUGAAAUCAAACCUGAGAACAAGGUAGUCCCACCACCCCCAGCUGAGGCACCAUCAUCGUAUAUCCCAAUCCAGAUCGCCCACCAAGAGCCGGAUACUAAACUACCCGCCCAGAAGCCUCCAGCCAUGGCAGAGAAAGCUGAUAAAAGGGUUCCUGCCCCACCUAAGAUGGUUCCCCCGCAGGAAAGGCCUCCUCCUCCUGAAGAGGUGGCGGCACCGAAGACAAUGGAAUCAGGAGAACCUCAAAAGCAUCCUGGUGUGUUGAAAGUGGAGGCAAUUCUGGAGAAAGUACAGAUGCUUGAGCAGGCAGUCAACUCCUUUGAAGGCAAGAAAAAUGACAAAAAAUACUUGAUGAUUGAAGAGUAUUUGACCAAAGAGUUGCUAGCCCUAGACUCAGUGGACCCUGAGGGUCGUCCGGAUGUGCGCCAGGCCAGGAGAGAUGGUGUAAGGAAGGUCCAGAAUAUUUUGGAAAGACUUGAACAGAAAGCAGAAGAUGUCCCAGAACCUGUUCAAGUUGAUGGACUUCAGCCAAAUUUGCCAGAGCCUAAGCCACCACAGGAAAUCAUGGAGAUUGAACCUGUGGUAGUCAAGAGCAAGGGAGAUACCAGUAAUAAAGAUGCUAAAGAGGAAAGCAAAAUGGAAAGACACCAGCCUGAAACUAAGGAAGAAGUGUUUACCAAUCUCACCACUACGACAAACACAUCUAAUAACCCAACUGAACCAUAGCCAUGUGCUGAACUCUGAGACUUUAUAACUGAAAGUGUGUUUAAGUGAAUUUUAAGUUGCAUGCAUUUCCAGAGCUCUUUUCAACUGGUUUUUAAUCAACAUAGCAGGCUUGGGACACAGUAAACACUUUGUGGGGGAAGGAGGGAGCUAGAAAGAAAGUAAUGCAUUUAUCCUUUAUUCUUACACUAUGUAAAAGACAUCAAAAUUAAACCCUGUAUGUUAAUCACUUUCAGAGCAGAGUAAAAAAACCCAAAGCAAGUACUUCAGGGUUAAUCUUGAUGCGUGUUGUUGAGGGUGUAUUCUUCUGCAGGUGAUUUUUGUAAAAUCAGAGGCCUGCACUGUCAGAAUACCUGUCCUUCUCUAAGCAUAGCCACUCUUAACAGUAAUGUUUUUAUUUCUAAUGUUCACAGUUGGGCACUUUAAGUAAUGAUGAAUAGAAAGUGUGUAAGAAACUGUAGGGAUAUUUAUAUGUGUGCAGGACUUCAAUGCUAUAUUUUAAGAGGGAAAUAAAAUAAUAUAGAAGCCUAA